UAUGCACAUCGAAAAUGUGUUCAACAUUGGUGCAACGAGAAGGGUGACAUUACUUGUGAGAUUUGCCAUCAGCCAUACCAGCCUGGUUACACUGCCCCUUCUCGAGCUCGGCAGGAGGAGACUAUUAUAGAUAUUGGGGGAGGAUGGCAAAUUGCUGGCACACCUCUCGAUUUACACGAUCCUCGCCUUUUGGCAAUUAGAGAGGCCGAACGCCAACUUUUGGAAACUGAAUAUGAUGAUUAUAAUGCUACAAAUGCAAGUGGUGUUGCAUUCUGCCGUUCUGCUGCUCUAAUAUUAAUGGCUUUUCUGCUCUUGCGCCAUGCAUUACCUGUAACAGAUGCAGACGGAGACGAUGAAGAUCCAUCUGCUUUCUUCUCGCUUUUCUUGCUUCGGUUAAUUGGCUUUCUUUUACCUUGCUACAUCAUGGUCUGGGCAAUCAGCAUUUUGCAGCAGCGCAGGCAAAGAGAGGAGGCAGCAGCAUUAGCAACUGCACAAUUUGCAUUUGUGGUACAAUCUGGGCAGCCAACAGGUGUACAGUUUGCCAUGGCAUCAGCUACACCAUCUGUCCCUGCGUCAACGGACUCUUCGUCUGUGCCUGCACCAAUGGAUCGGGUUUAAUAUUGUCAUGUGCGGAUACUGGUUCCUGUUAUGAAAGGUUCAAGCAAUGGACCUCGUUUUUAAGCCUAGAUGCUGCAUUGUUUCGUAAGUUGUAUUGUGGAUAUAGUAGCAACAUCUGAUGUCAUUUUGAGAACCAACAAUUUUACCAAUCUGUAUAGUACAUUCUUCUGAUCUUGGCAUGUAUGUAUGUGCACUUACUAACCAUUUUAACAUCUGGUUAAGACUAGUUUUGUAACAUAUAUCUUGUAGAAACGCCUGUUUUCAUUUCAGUUGGCUAAAUUUAUUUUACUCUACUGUUGAAUAUACUAUAUAAAUGUUUUUGUAUAAAGUUAUGCCAAUAGAUUUUGUUA